UACAUCUAUUUUCUCGUCUACAGUUUGGACAAGAUCAUGAGUUGAACACAGUGCUAAAGUCUGGUAAACACAACGCUAAAGUUUGGGGUCUAGACCCAGGGUUUCGCUAAUAUCAGAACUCCAUACACAAUCCGACAGGUUGUUCUGGAAGUGUAUAACUGACUUUUCGUAACAUUUAAACUGGGUUUAAGUUUACUUCAACCACCCUACUGGAAACAUGGGAAAUCAUUUCAUAACAUUGAUACCGAUUUUGAUGGUGACUUUUGUUUGUGUAAGAGCUGUUUGUGAUCCGGACAUCCCCUCUAGACCAAUGCCUGAUAGACCUGUCAGCAGCGCUUUGCGUUCAGAGGGUACGGUGGUAUCCUGUCCCGCAGGACAUCACAUAGACGAAGUAACACACAAGUGUAAGGCUUGUCCUGGUGGGACAUUCAUGACAGCAAUGAUGAGCAGCGAGAAUAAAUAUGAAAGCUGUGAGAAUUGCCUGACUCCUGACGCAUCGACAGAAACAGUAGCCAGCCCAUGCACCUCAGUGCGAGACACACACAUUAUGUGUAAGGACGGUUAUUACAGACAGGAGGCGGGCGACAGGUGUGAGUGGAAGUGCCAGUUCUGCCAGGUGUGUGGCACGGGCGACAACUUGGACCUGAAUUAUGAGGCGAGAUCGUGUGGGGGAUAUAACAACACGGUGUGCUGUCGUCAUAACAACAUGAUGGUCGUCAACAACACGUGUGUAGAGAAACCUGAGUUAUCCACAUCAACAACAACAACAACAACAACAGCUGUGACUCACAAUGUAACUGGAAUACCCAAUAAAGAGAACUCUGGGAACACUAGAGAUAGCAGUGCCUUUAUGCUGGUCACUUUGUGCUUGAUGACCAUAUCUAUACGCAUGAUGCUUUAACGUUUCGUAGCUUUCUUAGACGAUAAUUAUAUGUGUGUAUGUAUAUGUAUGAAUGUAUUUGGUAAUUUGUAACGAUAAAAAUGUAUAUCUAUGUUUUUAGUAGUGUAUGCUGUUUUACUAAUGAAAUUUCUUGAUGAAUGAUCAAAAUGAGAAAACAAUCAAUAACCAGUAAAUGUAGAUCGACUGAAAGUUAACAGUUAUUAUUGAGAAUAGAAGACGAGAACAAGUUUUUCAUUUAAUUGGACUUAUGUAGUCUGUCGAGAUACUAGGGUCAGGGUAGAUUGCAAGCAGUGUUUCUUUCAGACUUUUUUUUCUGCUAGGGAAUAGGGAUGCAAUAGUAAAAGUAUAUAUUUUCUAAUUGAAUUCUAUUUCGUUGGGGGAGAGGGGAUGUAGA